AUGUCAUCCUCGCAGACCUCCAUUCCUUACUGGCAUAUUCAUCCUGCGACCCUGUCAAAUCUUGGAGAACUUUGGGAAGGAGCGCUCGAGACUCUCUCGCCUCUUCCGAACAAUCUUGAGGGUUUGAAUAAUCCAGGUACGUUCGAGGCCUAUAACACACUAAAGGAAGAGAUCACAUACCCAUGGAACACCCAUACUGAGGCAAACCUAACAGAACUAGAGCGGAUCUAUCAAGCGGAACGACUGGACAACCAGAUUGCCGACAUACAACUCCAACAGGAGGGAGAAGGGGAGACACAAGUUUCUGUACCUUCUAUCACUCCAGGCUACCGAGUAAGGCUACUAACCACACAAUUAAGAGUACUUCUUCACAUGUUGAAUAUCACGAGACAUUUCAGGUCUUCUGAUCAUUCCAAGUCUUGGGGUAAUCCCUCUGAGUGCGAGGCUUGUUUGCCAAUGUUCAAAAUCUUGAACCAAGCUAUGCAUGUUCAAUCAUACAAUAGGGAUUCUGAUCCGGGGUCACGUCUUCUCUCUUCUUCUGGUUUUCUAUCACCUAAUGCUCAUCUCGCUAUAUUAUCACCUUCAUCUUAUCUCACUCUCAUACCACACAGAACUACUCUGGUGGACAAUAGUUAUGCAAGACAUACGAUGAUGGAUCAUAUCCUUCAAAAAAAUAGACAAUCAUGUAUUCAUGUGAAUAGUCCUGUUGAAUUAUUACGAGAUACACCAGAGGAUGAUAAGACACCUUGGAUAUCAGCUUCAAAGGAUUUGAUUUGGUGUUUGUGGGAAGUAGCUAGGAGAUUGGUUCGUGGUGAAGAAGACGUCGAAGUGGCUGUCAUAUCUAUUACUCCGAAUGUUGAUAAAGCAAAAGGAUUACAUCUUUUUCAUCCUAGUGUCGACUCGACGUUUACCUCACACAUCAACAGAUCAAGACAAGAAUUCUCAGAAGAGCAAAUGAGAGUGAAACGAUUGGAAAGAGAUCAACCACCACAUAUGUACCACAAACCCAUUCAAACGACCAGUCCACACGAAGGCGGUAAUGAUUCAAAACCGACGGGAAGAGAUGGUCGGAAAGACGGGAAGCAUGAGGACGAGGAGAAAUCUCGAAGAAGGACGGUGGAGUCGAAUCAAGUGAGAGGAAGAGAAAUUCAUGUGUUUCCUUCUCAGUUAUUACUUGAAGGGAAAAGAGGAAGUAACGGAAUGUCCAUUUCGUUGAGAGAAAAUUUCGAUAUGGCUCGUUUUGCCGCGCAGAGUAGUUGCGAAGUAUUAUUCUUUGGAAGAAUCUUCGCUGAGAGUAUCAUGGAUAAUUUAGAAUUUACCCUGCAGGACUUACCUCUUUCCCUCCCACCUCUUUUCUUUCAUCCUCAAUUACCAUCACCACUUCAACCUGACCAAAUCAACCCAACACUUUCCAAACCAUACAACUCAGCCAAUGUUCUCAAACGAGACAAACCCUUACAUAUCCCCAUCCCAUCCCGUUUUCAAAAGAAAUCUCAUUCUUCAACCAGCGGUCAAAGUCGGAUUAGUUGGCUAGAAGAUCUGGUAUGGGAUCCUAGAGUGGAUGAUUAUAAGACAUGUUUACAGAAACUCCGACGCAGGGCUGGAGAGCUCGAACGACCUAAAGUGCGUCAUGUGAAAGAGGACGAUACUGCCGGAGGGUGGUGA